GUGGUGGUUUCAUUCUACAGGUUUCUGGCUGGUAGGGCUUUUGAAGUGGAGUUGAGUUUUGUCGAUAAUGGAGAAGUACGAGGUGGUGAGAGAUAUAUGUGCUGGAUAUAUAGAAGUGGGUGGGCUAAUGAACUUGUUGCCAUGAAGUUCAUCGAGCGUGGCUCAAAGGUUUUUCCUAUAAAAAUUUGUAUGUGUUUGUAGUUGCUAAUGUUGUUAUGAGCUGGUGAUCUCUGAUUUCUGAUUCCCAGAUGAAGCAAACACAUCUGCAAUUUAUUAUUUUCUGGCUUUUGUUUGGGAUACAGAUUGAUGAGGACUUGGUAAGAGAGAUCAUGAAACAUAAAUCACUUGACCAUCCGAGUGUAAUCCGAUUAAAGGAGGUCAGUGACAUUUUUUGUUAAAUCUUUGUACAUCAUUGGUAAUUUUUGAAAAGGUUGUGUAUACUAGAGUUGAUAUCAGAGGUGAACCUCAUAGAGUUGUUAUGAAAGCUAUGAGGUUCACCUCUGAUACAGAUUGAUGAGAGAAACUCAUCUUGCCAUUGUCAUGGAAUAUGCUGCUCGUGGUGAACUCUAUAAGCAUAUAAGGACAGCUGGAAGAUUCAGCGAGGAUGAUGCGAGAUACUUAUUCCAACCGCUUAUAUCAGCUGUUAGCUACUGCCAUGCUAUGGACUGCAUACAUCUCCUUUCCCUUAUAUUUAUCGCCACACCAGUCGAGAGGAUUAGUAUUGCAGAUAUCAAGAAAACACCCAUGGUUCCUGAAAAAUCUACCAAGUGACCUCACAGAGACAGCUCAAGCUGCAUAUUUCAGUAAAGGGAACCAAAGCUUCUCUCUCCAGACUGCUGAAGAGAUCAUGAAGCUAGUGGAUGAUGCUAAAACGCCUCCGCCUGUUUUGGCUGGGGAGAAAAGGGGAUAGGUACAGAGAGACAAUAGGAAGAAUAAUAAGGAGAAU